AUGCGCCCUGCUUCCCCUCGAGGGAGAUACACCAUCCAACAACUAUACAGUUCAACUCGACCAAUUCACUCUCCGCUGUCACUUGUUGAUAGGAUGGCGCCGAAUCCAGCGAGUGAAGGCGAACCGGCCUCUGCCGCGCAGUAUCACCGACACCCAAAGAGAUUGAUAUUUGCGCCGGGUGACAUUGCCGCUCCUCCACCAGAGAGUGCUGGCCCGGCUCAGAAGCUGGCCAUCAUGCCGGAAGACUUAACCGCGACUCCUCUCCCCAGGCACCUGCUGGCAUCAUUAGACGAACCAAUCUCCUCCGGCACGUCUACCCCAGUCGCGAAUGCGGCGGCUGUCUCACAUGCGUCUCGCGCACACCAGUUCGGCACCAACCCACCUCUACUAUACUCCCAUCUGCAUCCUAACCCACUACACCAGUUCCACACCUGGUUCAAAAAUGCAAAAGUGCCCGCCUCCUGUGCACCAGAGACUUGUACGUUGGCUACGGUCAGCAUGCCCGCUGGCCGUCCGAGUGCGCGUAUCGUGUAUCUGAAGGAACUCGACGAGCGGGGGUGGGUGAUCUACAGUAACUGGGGCAGUCGAGCGGGCAAAGGCGGACAGGUCUUUGGCAACGAUAGAGACAGAGACGGCGAAACUAUGCCUCUGUUCGAUGGAUCUGAACCUCAAGUAAACGAAGGGAACAAGUGGGCAGCAUUGACGUUCCAUUGGCAGAGUGUCGAACGGCAGGUUAGGAUUGAAGGGUUAAUCGAGCCGCUUUCCAGGGAAGAGAGCGAGACCUACUGGCGCGUGAGGGAGAGGGGGAGCCAGAUUGGUGCCUGGGCUAGUCAGCAGAGUAAGCGGCUGUGGUCGAAUGAAGAUGAGGGCGCUGUGGAAGGAGGAGACGAUGGGCGUUCCGUUCUGGAGGAUCGAGUGAAGGAGAUGGAAGCCCGGUUUGCGGACGUCAAGGAGAUUCCCUUGCCGCCGUUCUGGGGUGGAGUUCGUCUAGUACCGGAGUCGGUGGAAUUCUGGCAGGGGAGGAAGAGUAGAUUACAUGAUCGAUUUAGGUAUGUGAGGCAGCAUGGAGCAGAUGAAGUGGAUGGGAACGAGAAGACUUUCAGAUGGAAUGUUGAACGACUGUCUCCGUGA